AUGUCCGUCCGGGUCAUCAUCUACGCCUACCGCAAACCCGGCCUUGACCUCCAAACCUUCAAGGAGCGCUACGAAGCCCACAUUGGACUAGUCAAGCGUCUCUCCGGCGACGACUUCCCUCUCUCCCACAAGCGUAUGUACGUUGCGCGCACUACAAUUGAACAACCUCAAGCCGGGGAGGGCAGCAGCAACAACUCGACCCGCAAUGCCCUCACUCCUGCCACCGUUCUUGUCGGCCAGCAGACAGAUUUCGACUUUGAUGCCUACGCCGAACUCACUUUCGCGGACCAGACUGCCUUCCAGACGUUCUCCGCCAAGGUGAUGGCGCCUGAAGCGGCAGCGCAGAUUGCGGCGGAUGAGGAAGGAUUUUUGGACCGGAGCAAGUUGGGAAUUGCGCUUUUGGGGGAUGUUGUGGAGACUACCAACUAA